GCAGUAAGCUCAAGCUGCUGAACGCAGCGAUUCAUCAUGGGCGCGCCGGAUUCGCGCUCUGUGGCGACUUUACUGGUUAUUGGUCUUGUAUUCCACCUUAUCUAUAUCGGCGCUGUAUUCGACUGCUACUUCACUAGCCCAGUGGUCCACGGAAUGAAAGCGUAUGGCUCAAGAAGCUCAGGGGAAGCGAAACGCCUUGUGCUUGUUGUGGGCGACGGCCUUCGAGCGGACUUGCUUCUCAACGUUAACCCAUUCCCUUCUGUACGGAACUCGCAGGAAAUUGUAGCGCCAUAUCUACGCUCUGUGAUUGAGACGAGAGGAGCCUGGGGGAUUUCACAUACGCGAGUGCCUACGGAGAGUCGGCCUGGACAUGUUGCGCUCAUAGGCGGGAUGUACGAAGACGUGUCCGCAGUCACGAAGGGCUGGAAGUCUAAUCCCGUCGACUUCGACUCCGUGUUCAACAGAUCCUCAACAACGUUCUCCUUCGGCUCCCCGGACAUCCUCCCGAUCUUUACGCAUGCAGACUCGACUCCCCAUAUCCGCACGUGGUGUUACGACGAAUCUGCAGAAGACUUCACUAAAGACGCUACGUCGCUUGACACGUGGGUCUUAGAGCAGCUGCACACGUUAUUCGCGAACGCAACCACCGAUCCGAAGUUGGACGCGCAAGUUAGAGGCGAGAAGACCGUGUUCUUCCUGCAUCUUCUUGGCUUAGACACGACCGGACACGCAUACAGGCCACAUUCUCCGGAAUACGUGCGCAACAUCCAACUCGUCGAUGCCAUAGUCAGGGACGCCGAGUCGCUCUUCUCGGAAUACUAUGGCGACAACGAGACAGCAUUCGUCUUCACGGCCGACCACGGUAUGAGCAGAAUCGGAAAUCAUGGUGAUGGAGAUCCAGACAACACCCGCACGCCCUUGGUUGCCUGGGGUCCUGGCUUCCGCGGUCCGCUUCCAGACACGGUUCCUUCGACUCAUGACGAUUACUCGACUCCCUUCAACUUGUCUCACGUAAUGCGGACCGACGUUUCUCAAGCCGACAUUGCCCCACUCAUGGCGUCCGUCCUGGGCAUCGAUUGGCCCGUCAACAGCGUCGGAGUGCUGCCUGAUGUCGACCCGAAUAUGCCAGGAGGUGGCUAUCUGCAGCUUAACGAUGCCGACAAAGGGAAGGCUGAGCUGGCACUCGUCAAUGCUAAGGUGAUCCUGGAACAGUACCGAGUCAAACAUUCCAUCAAGAAGAAGCACACACUCUUGUAUAAACCAUUCAUGCCACUUGCUGCCGAUGAAGAGCAACAAGGGUCGGCAGACGUAGCAAACAUAGAACGCCUCAUCCGCGAACAACGAUGGCGCGACUCGUUGGCAGCCUCUAAACGUCUCAUCGAUAACGCACUCGACGGCUUAAGCUAUCUACAAACAUACGAUCGCACCCUGAUCCGCUCGCUCGUAGUCCUCGCCUACACCGGAUGGAUGGCAUUUAGCUUAUCCUUCAUCCUCUCCUCGGAUUCCUCCGGUUCAUCGCCCUUCAUCACGGCUGGUGCUGUUUCGGCGCUCCUGUUAACGUGGUUAUUAUUCGCCGCUCAGCACUCACCGUGGACGUUCUACGUGUACACUAUCUUUCCAUGCUACUUUUGGCACCAAGCACUGUGCUCAACUGUGAAAACCGGCUUGCCGAGCUGGAACCAGCCACGGAAAGAGUGGUUGUCUGCAUGGUUCAUCUCCAAGUUCGCUGUUCUCGGCGCUGGUGCAGUGAUCGUCCUGCAAAGCAUGGUGCUUGCAUAUACGCACAGAUCCAUCUGGAGUGCUGGCUUUGUCAUCAUCGGCAUCAUCUGGCCGACUCUUUCAUGGCCACGCGAGAUGUGGUCCCGCAAUGUCUGGCUGGGCCUAUCGUGGGCGGGUAGCUGCCUGCUUACCUCCAUUUUCCCGCUCCUUAGUGUCGACAAGGACGAGAGCGUGAUUUUAAUAUCGCUGGGUGGAGCGGCGAUGUUACUGGUGGGCUUCAGCGGCAUCCACAUACUGAGCCGGCGUGGACCAGACUUCUCUAUACAUCCCUUCGGAACACAGAUGCUGCUGAUCGGCGUAACGAUGGCCGUGACAGCUUCGUCAGUGCGCAACCUGCAAGCAAAGCGCGGGCUUCCGCUCCUGAACGAGGUCAGUGGAUGGGCGCUGUUGGCUAUCGCUGCGGCUGUUCCUACCUUGAGUGGGAAGAACGUAACUGGCGUGCACUCGAAGAUUCUGAUGUAUUUCCUGGCUUUUGGCCCGUUGUUCGUGCUCCUUUCGAUCAGCGUCGAAGGCCUGUUCUACGUUGUGUUCUCCAUCACCCUCGCACUAUGGAUCGAAGUGGAAUCAGCAGCUCGCGACCGAUCCCCUGUCCCAGCGUUAGUGGGGUCCUCCGAUCCGCGGGUACAUGCGCAGGACGGGAAAAUAGCGAUGCCAUCCUCUGGCCGAUACAACCCGCGCCUGGAUGACGUACGGAUAGCCUUGUUCUUCCUGUUCUUCGUGCAGGUCGCGUUCUUCGGCACCGGAAACGUCGCGUCCAUCUCGUCUUUUUACCUAGCACCCGUAUAUCGAUUGGUGCCCAUAUUCAGCCCAUUCCUUAUGGCCUCUCUGCUGAUCUACAAGAUCAUCGCGCCAUACGUGAUCCUCGCGAUCUCGUUCGCGGUGUUGAACGCGCGCCUCCGCCUCCCGCCCUUCUCGCUGUUCCUGGUGGCGCUCACGCUCACCGACGUGAUGACGAUGACGUUCUUUUUCCGAGUAACGGACACCGGCUCCUGGCUGGAGAUCGGGCAGUCCAUCACCUUUUUCUGCAUAUCGUCGUUGCUGCUCGUCUGGUCGGCGGGCAUAUGUGCCUUGGGAGAAUACCUGAUGUCAGAGCCUCGCAAGGCCAAAACGGAAUGAAUCAUCGCACUCUUGCAACUGAUGGACGACAGUAGGAUAUCUCGCCCCAAGGCUCCGUCGCUUCCACGCAUGCUCUCACACUGUCGUAUAAUAAUAAGGAGAUGCAUUUGCUUGAUGUCAUAAUACACGGGUAGGAAUGGGGGGUCAUACUACAACUGUGUCGUGUCUAAUCCACGUACCACUGUGAAAACGAUAAUGGAAAACGAU